AUGGAUCACAGCCAGUUGAUGGCAGAAAUGCCAGAGAUCGAGAAGAUGACGGCUCAGGAGCGUAUCGCGCUCGCCAAGGAGCGUCGUCGAGAUCAGCUGCGCAAAUGCGACGAGCGAGAGCGGUCGCUGCCACCACCCAGGCCACGUCGUCCUCGGUUACGAUUUUCGCCCGAAGUUGCACUGUUAGAGGCAACUGGACGAGCCGAUGCUGCUGAGGUUGAGAGGUUACUUCGUGAGGGGGCGAAUCCUAAUUCGCACAACGAGGAUGGUCUCACACCUUUGCAUCAAUGUGCUAUCGAUGACAAUCAGCAGAUUAUGCUGUUGUUAUUGAGCCACGGUGCAGAUGUGAACGCUCAGGAUACAGAACAAUGGACACCGUUGCAUGCAGCCGCAUGCUGUGCCCAUAUCAAUGUCGUGAAAAUCCUCAUAGCUCAUGGUGCAAAUUUGCUAGCCGUAAAUGCGGACGGUAAUAUGCCUUACGAUAUUUGCGAUGAUGAAACCACUCUGGAUGCUAUCGAAAGCGAAAUGGCCGCUCGAGGCAUCACCCAGGCCUACAUUGAUGAUCAGCGCGGAGCUCCUGAGAAGGCGAUGUUGGACGAUAUGAAAAGUCUUCAUCAGCAGGGCUUCCCACUCGAUGCACGUCAACCGGAUGGCUCUACUUACCUGCACACUGCUGCUGCAAACGGCUAUUAUGAUGUGGCCGCGUUUCUGUUACGAUGCGGAGUACCGGCGACUUCACGAGAUAACGACCUAUGGCAACCGGUGCACGCCGCUGCUUGCUGGGCCCAGCCCGACUUGGUGGAGUUGAUUUGUGAGUACGGUGGUGACAUCAAUGCGAAGACGAGCAGUGGCGAGGCUCCUCUAGACCUCUGCGAAGAUGAGACCACUCGUGCAGUCAUCGCCACAAUGCAACAGCAAGAGGCACGAAAGAAGCGAAUGGCAUUUGGAGUGCGCGACAGUCGGCGGCAAAGCAGGCGGCGCAAGAAGUUCGAGUCACCCCAACAAGUUGCCACUGGUGGCGAUAAUCCAUUCUCGGCUCGAGGCGCCAUUCGACGUCUUUCAUUGCGUGACCGAAGUGGCUUGGCACCGGCGAGGAUCGAAGCCCAAAAGGAGGGCGCCGACAUCAUUCGGUCAUGGUCAAAAGAGGACGUCUCAUCCGAUGUCAAUGCAAUGCAGCCACCCUUGCAUGGCAAUCGAGAUUCGCCAAACAAACGCGUUCUUAAAGUGAGUGGUGACAGUACUAGUAACAAGCCGAAGCCGAUGAGCCCUGAUGAAUGGCUACGAAAGUUGGAGACGGGUGGUGACGACGAUGACGAAGGCACGCCAAGACGAGGCGGUAGCCAGCGACGACGAGCAAAAAAGAGUCCAUCCGAAAUGCAAGAUCUACGGCCGAACGGCGAUGCCUCGAGACGCGAUAAAAAGCCAUGUUGUUGCGCGAUAUGUUGA